UUGUGAAAACCGAAAUGCAUCAUUUCUCUGAUGCAAGUACCUGUGGUUACGGUCAGUGUUCCUAUCUGAGAAUGAUAAAUGAGAAUGAUGAAAUUCAUUGCACUUUUCUCAUUGGCAAAGCCCGGGUCUCUCCUUCAAAGAUCAUUACUAUACCGAGACUAGAGUUAACGGCAGCUGUGGUAUCAGUCAGGAUGAGCAAUAUGCUCAGAGAAGAGCUUAACCUCACUAAUGUUGACGAAUUCUUUUGGACUGACUCAAAGGUGGUUUUGGGUUACAUAAAUAAUGACGCUCGUCGUUUUCACACGUUUGUAGCCAAUAGAGUUCAAAAAAUACGUCAAAGUACAGAACCUGAACAAUGGCUGUAUGUCCCAACGGAUGAAAAUCCAGCAGACAUUGCUUCUAGAGGAAGGACAAUAAAUGAACUGCUCUCAUCUAACUGGUUCUCUGGUCCCUCAUUCUUGUGGGAAAGGGAAAUAACAACCUCAGAUGUUGUGCUGGAUCUCCCAGUAGGAGACCCAGAAGUAAAGAAAAUUCAGACAUUACAAACGAAGACCACAGAAAGUAAAGAUCUUGUGGAUCACUUAUCCAAGUUCUCUUCUUGGUCUAAAGCUACCAAAGCCAUUGCACGUCUUCUGAGAUGGAUCAAGAGGGAUAAAGCAAGUUCACCGGCUUCUGUAAGUGAACAAGAGGAUGCUAGAUGCUGGCAUGCUCCAAAAAGGAACUUUCAAAUUGGUGACAUAGUCAUGGAUAUUGAUGAAACCUUACCAAGGAGUGAAUGGAGGCUUGGAAGGAUUACUGAGACUGUUCUGAGUUCAGAUGGACUGGUAAGAAAGGCCAAAAUAGCACUUGGUGACAAAAGACUAAACAAGAAAGGAGAACGAGUUCAUAAAACCUCAAUAGUAGAAAGGCCAGCUCAGAAGUUGGUCUUAUUAUUGGAAGCAGAGUGAAUGCAUCUUCAAAAGGACUUUAUUGCACUUGAUGCACACAAGAGUUAUAAGUGAAAUUAGUCAUGUUUGAGAAACAUUGAUAAUUUGGUGGGAGUGUAACAGGCUUUAAUAAGAGUUAAUUUUAAUUUAUUUUGUUUGGUGUUGCCUUUGUAAUAUUUAAUGUUUAAUGACCAAAUUAUUUUCGUUGUUUAUGGGGGACUUUUAUUUUGAAACAAAACCCGCUUUUCACAACGCACGGCGCUAAAGAGAAAAGGGGAAUGGGAGAGUGAACGCUUCAUGACGGCUUAAAACUCGUUCACGAAAGAGAUGUAACAAGUUUAUUUAGCAACCCCCCGAAAAGGCAUAAGCUCUUACGGUGAUUUCUGAAGACGAAAGGGAACAGAAAUAAAAGUCUGGAAACAUCAGUAAAAGUUUCGGCCAUCAUUCGGACGGGGUCCGCUACA